AUGAUCAACCCUGGUCCUGGUCCAGUGUCCCGCACGAUUCAGAUGUUUUCCUAUUCAAACACACCCUCUAAACCUGGCAAUCAACAGGACCAUCACUUUAACAGUGCCCUCCCUGCAUAUGAGCCAUUUGUCAUGGGACGAUCUAUCACUGUGAGUAAUGCUCUGGAUGAAGGGAACGGCUACAGUGAAUUUACGAAAGGAGAGAAACAGCCACUCCUGAGCGGAAUGGAGUCCAGUGAAGUCUGGAGUCCAGACCACACGCAUACAGACAGAUUUUUCCACAAUGCUGCUUCAGGAGAGCUGGACGCACACAUGUUUCCCGACAGAGAAGCAUCUAAGAAGCUCAGCUGGAAUGAGCUUCUCCGUCUGAAGGAGCUGCAGUGCAGUAAGGUGCCUCAGUUCAUGAAGGAGCUGUACGCAGCCAUGGUGGACUCAGGUGGAACCAUACAGAAGCAAAACAAGCUGGAUGGAAACGUGGUAAGGAGUUAUGCAGCGCGUUCUAACGGGGCAUUUCACUUCUUCAACCUAACAUCCUUUAGCCGGGGUGAAAAGGUCAUCAAAGCGGAGCUGCGAUGGUUUCGGCAUGCGCAACCGUUUUGGAUGGGGCAUCAUUUUUAUAAAGUUGAUUUGUACGAGGUGCUGGAUGGCAGAGUGAAACCGUGGCGAGGAAACCUGAUAACAUCAAGGUUGUUGCCUAUGAACACUACAGGAUGGGAGGUGUUUAACAUCACAAACACAGCAACCAAAUGGAUUCUCAACAGCAGCACAAAUAACGGCAUUCUGGUUGUUUCGACUUUGCCGUCGGGACAGUGGUUUGAGACGACUAUGCCAACAGGAGGAGCAACAAAGUCAGAAGAAAACGAUGCCUAUCUGGUUAUCUACUCAGAUGAUGGUCGCAGAGGCUCAGGUGAAGGUCUUAUACCUAAAAGUGGGUCACCCUUGGAUUUGGUCUUCGAGCCCAAACUCUCUCGGCAGACUGCAGGGCGUAUACGUAGGAGCACAGCCCGAUCGACGCCUGACCACGAGCAGUUUGUAACAUGUCAGAGAGCGCCUCUCUACGUGGACUUUGCGAAGAUCGGCUGGUCUGGCUGGAUAAUAUCACCUAAAGGCUACAACGCCUACCACUGUGUGGGAUCCUGUCCGUUUCCUCUGGGUGGAAGUUUGCCAGCAACUAACCACGCCAUCGUCCAGUCCAUAGUGGAUGCAUUAAAACUGUCAAAUAAGGUUGAACAACCAUGCUGUGUGCCUGACAUACUUCACCCAAUAAGCCUGUUGUACUUUGACGAUGAGGAAAAUGUUGUGCUCAAACAGUACGAUGACAUGGUGGCAGGUAGCUGUGGUUGCCACUAA